GACCACAAGUGACAUUUUGCUCGUUAGCUUAUAAAAAGAAGAGGGAAGAAAGUGAGAAAAAAGAGAUAUCGGUUCAGAGUUCAGACGUUAGAGCGCAAAACCUAUAAACCCCCAAACCCCCAAAGUCCUAAGCCCUUCAGGCAACAUGGUUGGAGUUGGGUUCGGUGGGAUCCUGUUAAUUGGGAACUGAGUUUCUAUUGCAGCUUCCUGUCUCCCCGCUCUCCUCCCCUCGGUGCAACUAUUUCAAUUCUUUUUGAACUAAAUUUUGUUUUUCUAGGGUUUUCUCCGAAGCUCAAUCUCUCGAGUCGCUUAUAGAAAGGUUUCCGGUUUCCCUAGAGUUUGUUUGUCCUGAAUUUUAAUUUGGUUCAACCAGAGAACAUGGUGAAAGCCAACGGCAAGGGGAAAGCUCGUGUUUCCAAAUUAAAACGUAAAGCUGAAAAUGCAACCGACGGUGCUGCAAUGGUUGCAACUACAUCCGAGCCGGUAACGACAAAUGCUGAAGAUCUUCACACAGUUCCUGGGGCGGAAGAGAAUAAAGAAGAGAAUAAGGGGGAAGAGGUGAAGAAGGAAGAAAAAGAAAAAGCAAUAACAAGUAGAUCAGGCAAUAAGUCAAGGAAGAGGAGCAGAAGGAAGGCAACCAAUGUUUCUCGCACGGUAACUGUUAAAGAUCCUGAUAAGCCAGAAAAUUCAGAUGGAGAUAAGGCUUCAAACAAGGCUGAGAGCAUGGGGAUGGUUUUUAUGUGCAAUUCCAAGACCAAGAAAGAUUGCUACCAGUUCAAGGUUCUGGGGCUGCCUGCUAGCAAGAAGGAUAUGGUUGCUGAUAUUUAUAAAGGCAUGAGGCUGUUUUUGUUUGAUGUUGAUCUGAAGCUGAUGUAUGGGAUCUAUAAGGCUGCUGGACGAGGGGGUUAUAAUCUUGAACCCAAGGCUUUCAAAUCAGCUUUCCCUUCUCAGGUUCGCUUCACUGUUUUGGACGAUUGCUUGCCAUUGGCAGAGGAAAAGUUCAAAAAAGUCAUUAAAGAUAACUACUAUGGGAAGAACAAAUUUGACUGCAAGCUGAACUCUGAGCAGGUGAAAAACUUGUGCAAGCUUUUCCGAGCUACUACCAAGGGUGCUAAGUCAACACGAGUUGGCAGAACAAGCAGACGAGAAGCCCGCACAGUUGCAGAAAGGGGGAGAAUUAGGUGGCCAAGUCAAGAUGGAGCGAGGCGCUCUCCAUUGGGUCGGAACUUGCCGUACCCGGAGGGCCCCCGAAUGUAUGAAAGAGAAGUAUUUCCAUCACCAGAACAGGGCAGAAGUAGGUGGCGAAGUCAUGAUCGACAGAAGCACUCUCCUCCAUUGGGUGCAACCUCACUGUACCCAGAGGGCCCCAGAAUGUACGAGAGAGAAGCAUUUACAUUGCCAGAACGGGACAGAAGUAGGUGGAGAAGUCAAGAUGGGGUGAGGCACUCUCCAUUGGGUCGGAGCUCACUGCACCUGGAGGCCCCCAGCUUGUAUGAAAGAGAAGCCUUUCCACCUCCUUUGGCUCUGCCACCACAGCAUCCCUAUGCCCAUGAGAGGCCUUUGGAUAUGGAUUACUAUAGAAGGGAGACUCGCCCUGAGCCUUUUGGUCACCGAGUUUUUGACUUGGAGCCUAGACGUCUGGACAGUGCUGAAUAUCGUGAUGGCUACAGCAUUUACAGGCAACCUCCAUACACUGAGACAGCAUAUGCUGUGGCCCCACCACCUGCGUAUCUUCAGGUUCCUCAGCCCCCACCACCUGCGUACCUUCAGGUUCCUCAGCCCCCUCCACCAACUCUAUAUCGUUAUUAGAGUAUGCACUUUGAGUAGCGAACUUUUUUGUAUCCUUAAUCCUCCUUGAUUGGGUUUAAAUACUAUUGUUUGUUUCUUCAUUUGGCUCUGCUUGCUCAAUUAUCUGGGCCAGCAACAUGAGCUUGAAAUAUGCCAUAGUUUGACCUGACCAUAAGUUGAACAGUUUUUUUUUUUCUUCUUUUAAUGGAAAUGACUUUGACAGAAA